GGUUUACUCGUCUGAGGCUGGAACCCAGCGAGAGAGCAGAUGACUACAGCAUCCAUUGCUGUUACCCAGCCUUCACACAGCUCAAUGAACUGCUCAGAAACAAGUCACUGAUCGUGCCUGCUGCUUUUUUGCAGGCUAUAGCUAUAGAUCAGUGUCUUUAUUCAUGAGAUUACUUUUUUCUUAGAUUUUUUUUUACUAUCUUAACUAAGAGGUCUCUUGUUUCCGCCAUGGUGCUAGGAAAGGUAAAGAGCUUCACAAUAAGCUAUGACUGUCUUAAUGACAGCAACGUCCCCGUCUUCUCCAGCGGGGACUGUGUCUCAGGGAGGGUGAUCAUCGAAGUCACGGGAGAAAUCCGAGUCAAAUCUCUCAAAAUCCACGCAAAAGGAUUUGCAAAAGUUCGUUGGACGGAAUCGAGGAACGCCGGAUCCAACACUGCCUACACGCAGAACUACACAGAAGAAUUGGAAUACCUGAAUCACAAGGAAAUUUUAAUUGGGCAUGAGAGAGACGAUGAUAACUCUGAGGAAGGACUCACCACUAUUCAUUCAGGAAGACACGAGUUCGCGUUCAGCUUCGAGCUUCCACAGACACCUCUGGCUACCUCUUUUGAAGGGAAGCAUGGCAGUGUUCGAUACUGGGUAAAGGCAGAACUUCACAGGCCAUGGCUCCUGCCCAUGAAGACGAAGAAAGAAUUUACAGUCUUUGAGCACAUUGACAUCAACACUCCAGUUUUGCUGUCGCCACAGGCGGGCACAAAAGACAAGACUCUUUGCUGUUGGUUCUGCACCUCAGGUCCUAUUUCCCUAAGUGCCAAAAUCGAAAGGAAGGGUUACACGCCAGGAGAGUCUAUCCAGAUCUUUGCUGAGAUAGAGAACUGCUCAUCCCGCAUGGUGGUCCCAAAGGCAGCCAUCUACCAGACACAGACCUUCUAUGCCAAAGGGAAGAUGAAGGAGGUCAAGCAGCUGGUGGCCAACCUGCGAGGCGAGUCUCUGUCGUCCGGCAAAACGGAGACCUGGAGUGGAAAGAUGCUGAAGAUCCCACCUGUCUCGCCCUCCAUCUUGGACUGCAGCAUUAUUCGAGUGGAAUACUCUCUCAUGGUGUACGUGGACAUACCCGGGGCGAUAAAUCUUUCUCUGAACCUGCCCCUUGUCAUCGGAACCAUUCCUCUCCACCCGUUUGGCUCCCGCACAUCCAGUGUUAGCAGCCAGUGCAGCAUGAGCUGGCUGGGUUUGCCAGAGAGACCUGAAGCCCCUCCAAGCUAUUUGGAAAUUGUGACAGAAGAGCAACGGCAGAGCUGUCUAGACGUCCAAGUGGUUCGAGAGGAGCUCAACGGGCCCCUUUUUGCCUAUAUUCACGAGUUUCGCUUCCAGCCUCCUCCUCUCUACUCUGAAAUCGAUCCUAACCCAGAUCACGACAGUCGUACAGAAGAGCGCAGGCUUGAUGCCUGUCCAUCCCGCUGAGGAGGAUUCCUAAAACUCCCCUCAACCCAUGCUGGGGGAGGGUGAAUCAAAAAAAAAAACCUGCCUACAAGGCUCUGCUUCAAAUGUUUUUCUCGGGAAAAACGUUCACAUAGUGCUGUCGACACCAAGAGAGAAACACAUGACUCAACCAACAAAGACUUGCUCGCAGGUGUGUUGGAUUGAACAGACGUGCUCCUGCUUCCCGUAAUGAGAGGAACUGGAGUCUCCAGUUUGGGGUCACGGCCUCCUUUCUGUGUCAGCCAGCCGAGGCCAUGGGAUGCGUACAGGUCUACACUCUCGGCCUGUAUGCUAAAUCCCACACUCUCGGCCAGGUUCACGAAGAAGAAUGACCACAGCUCAAUCCACCAAGAUCUUCUGAACCUGUGGCACACAAGGACACAAAGGCUAGGACUGAUCGUGUCCAGACUUAAGCAGAACUACCUUUAAAACAGGAUGAAGAAAAGAGAAGAAACAACAAUGUUUGAACCACAACAGUCUGGCACCACGCUGUCAGAUAAAAAAAAGUCACAGAGAGAGAAAAGAAAACGUGGUUGUUCUUCUUCAUUUGGGAUUUUGUUUUGCACAUUAUAUUUACUUGAGUUGCGUGGCUCUGUUUGACAAGGUUUUUCUUGAAAUCACUCGUAGUUAAACUUAUAGUUUGGUCUGGCUUUGUAAAGCAGCAACCUAAUACUAGACUGUGGGCUUUAACCUUUGAGACUGUCAUCGGCGGAACUUCAAGCAAUGCUUGAGAACCCCAAAUGACUCUUGAAAACAAAGGACUAGACAGUUCAAGAAGAAUGCACUGAGCUUUUUUUUUUGUUUUUGUUUCCUAGUGUUUAUCCUUUUUCGUUCGCUUUGUAACGUAGAAACCAAUAACUAACCGUGGGCUUACUUUCUGACGCAGGACACUAAUUAUAUUGAAGCUCUUUCGGUGUGUUGCCUCCUAAAGCAUGGAUCUGUGUAGCCUAACUCCUGUUGUGUUUGAUAGUUUCCGUUUGACUCCAGUUGGAGAAUAGCUACAGCCUGUGUUCAGAUGAGAUUUGCUCUGCGUUGGGAUUAGAGAAGCUGCAGUAACUGUACAAUAGAAGGAAAAUAGUUGAAAAAAAGCCUGCAACCUCUCCUUUCCUUAUCUCAGAGCAAAAGGUUUGCAUUACUGCCCAAAAUACACUUGUCUCAGGUUGUUGUCUCACUUGCCAAGCAAUUGGAAGGAGAAAAGGAGUUGUUUUUUUGUUUUGUUUAUUUCAAGUUGCACUGUAAAAUGUUUUUUUUCUUGUUCUGUUGAACUACCAAAUGAAAGAACAGACCUGCAGACGAGCAAGGCAGCUUUCUGAGAUGAAUCACAUUCCCUUUUUGUCCUGCUGCUUCUGCAUCCAGCCAACAGACAGAUGUUACCAGACCAGUGACACCACAAUGCUGGGUAUUUAAAAAAAAAAAAAAAAAAAAGGAGCGUUAUGAUGAAAGUCACCGCUAUUGCAUUAAAGGAGUAAACCCAGCCUGAUAGAAAAAGCUGGAAGCAUCCCAAACCUCUGUUCAGGUCGGUCAGAAAUAAGUCGUAGAAUAGGUUGAAAUGAGUAAUACAUUGGUUUUCUAACUCGCUCAACAAAAAAGACCACCUGAACAGAGAUUUGUCAAGUCAAGAAGCACUUCUUUUGAUAAGAAAAUAAACAAAAAAGAAAAAAACCCAGCAUUUAGGUGAAGGUCUGGAGGUACCAACUAACAGGGUUUUCCCAGUAAAGCAGUGUUGUGUGGGACUUUAAUGCAUUAUUCAGUCUUUUUAAAUGUUAGUAACUCAAGUUUACAUUUAAAAUGUAGAAUAAAUAAAAGUUUGUGUGUGCACGCGCUUAUCAAGAUCCUGCUGGCAACGAAAUGGAAUCCGAUAGUAAUCGAUUAAAAAACAGAUUUGACAAAGUGAUCUUAUAUUUGUGGCCUUGAUGCAGUAAUGACCUGAAUAUGAUGCUUCAUUUUCCAGUGUCUAUGCUCUUGUAUGUUUUGGUUCACGUUUGGUCUGGGCUGUACGUUUUUUGACCUUUCCAUGUGAUUUUUAAAAAAGGACAAAAAGGGAAGAGAAAAGUCCUCUAAAAGCAAUUUUUUAAAAAAAAAACUAAAACAUCUUGGAAAGUAAUGUUCGUUCUUGAUUUCUGUUGUCUGUGAGGGUCAGCUAAUAACAUUUAUUUUGUUUUUCUUUUUCAAUUUUGGGCAUUCUUACUGGUCGUUUUCAUGCAACCCUUUGGGUUAGUCUCCCAGACUUUCCUCACCCGCUUCAAAGCCAGGCAGGCCGCUGUUGAUCGGCGCCUCCUACUUAGAAAAAAAAAUGGUUGUGUGGCCUAGCAGACUAAACAAUUCCUUGCUGGUUAACUUGUGUCAAAGUUGUUUGCAGUUUUCUAGAUUUGUUUGUUAGGGAAGUUGAAUCAAGCGGUGUGGUGAAGAAUAAGCUUUUUUUUUUUUUUUCCAGUUAAGUCAUUUCAGUAGUCUAUUUGCUCAGAGUAGUCCAUUGUCAUAACUAAGCUAAAAUCCUGACCUAAUGAUAACAAAGGCAGGAGCUAAAAUGUUCAGCUGAUGAUGGGAUCUGAAACAUUUUAGAAACAAAGUGCAAUAUUGCUCAUUGACCCCCCCCCCCCUCCCCAUAUUCUGCUUUAUUUUUUUUAAUGUUAUGUCUGUUAAUCAUAAAAAUGUAUAGAUAUUCUAUGAAUAUGCUAUGUUUUGAAUGAUUUAACCCAUGUCUAGUUCUUCCUUGUUGAUUUAAAUAAACAUUUUGUUCUAAAAUAAAAA